CAGCCGGGUGCGGGCCAGCAGCCGACCGCAGGUGAGGGAAGGCGCGUCACAGACCGCGGCGAGACCCCCGACGAAGAGCAUCGCGGCACACCGCGCUAUCCGGCAUCAUCGCCUCAACGGCGCGUGCUCUUCCUCGUGCUACCGGUAGCCGCCGGCGGAAGACAGCUCUCCGCUUUCCCCGUCCACGCCGAGUGGCUGCGGUCCUUAUUUGUGAGCGGCCAGCUUGUGCUUUGCGUGUGAGGCGUGAGCGGUGCCAGGACGCCGCGCCGAUCGGUGAUCAUGUCAUCGACCAAGAGCAAGAUCUGCUUGGCCACCUUCACGGUCAUUUGCGGCGUUGUCCUGCUCGUCGGACUGCUGGGACACAUCUACUUACCGACCAUCAUGCGCGGCAAGGUAGCUGAGCAACUCCAGCUCAAGAACGGCUCGGAGACGCUAGAGAAAUGGAGCAACGUCAAGGUUCCCAUCUACAUGUCCUUCCAUCUGUUCAACAUCACGAACCCGGAGCAGUUCGCAGCCGGCGAGAAGGCCGUGGUCAAGCAAGCAGGCCCUUACGUGUACAGGGAGUACCGGAAAAAGGAAAUCCAGAGCUUCGACAACGAGAGCAACACGGUGCAGUAUUUCGACCGGAAGACCUUCGUCUUCGAGCCCUCGAUGUCGGCUGGCACAGAGGACGACGUGGUCAACGUCAUCAACGUACCCGUGGCGGCGAUCGCCGCCCUGACGCGAAAGAAGGUCCCCGAAGUGGCCGCCCCUCUCAUCAUGCCCAUCCUGGACUCGAUGAUGCGCAAGCACAACGAGACGCUGGCCACACGGCGCAGCGUUCGCGAGAUGCUCUUCGAAGGCUACCAGGUAGGACUGAUGCGGGACCUCAUCCGGCUGGCCAAGGCCUUCCUGCCCAAACUGGAGAACCCCCUGAAGAACAACACGUUCGGACUCUUCUUCGAGCGGAACAACAGCCAUGACGGCCUGUACUCCGUGUACACCGGGGAAGACAGUCCAGCGAAAUUCGCCAAGCUGGAACAGUGGAACAACCAAAGGACUCUCAACUACUGGGCUGGACCCACGUGCAACAUGAUCAAUGGCACCGAUGGGGGCCAGUUUGCACCGUUCCUCUCCAAGGACAGCACACUGUACGUGUUUUCAACGGAUCUAUGCCGGUCCAUGUACUUCCGCUACGAGAAGGAGACCCAGGUGCACGGCAUCCGCGCCUGGCGCUUCACCAUCCCGGCGUCGCUGUUCGAGUCGGCGGACAUCCGAGAGGAGAACCGCUGCUUUUGCCUCACGGCGCCCCAGUGCCCCAAGAGUGGCAUCACGCACGUGGCCGCCUGCCGCAAGGGAGCGCCCAUCGUGCUCUCCUCGCCGCACUUCUACCACGGCGACGAAGAGUUCGUGCGCGCCGUGCGCGGACUCAAGCCCGUCAAGGAGAUGCACGAGACCUUCCUCGACAUACACCCGCUGACGGGCCUUGUCAUGCGGGCAUCAAAGAGGCUUCAAAUCAACGUAGAUCUCAAGGGCAACGAGCGACUAACGUUACUGAAGAACGUGCAAGACACUAUCUUCCCAGUAGUCUGGAUCGAAGAGAGGGCGGAGCUAGCUCCUUCCAUGGCAGAAGAGUUCAAGCAGAAGGUCGAGUUUCCGCAAAAAGUGGGCAACGCAACGAUAGCGUCUGGCCUGAUUCUCGGCGGCAUCGGCUCGUGCAUCUGCGCUAUCAUGGUGUUCAUCUUUUAUAUGCAGGGCAAGUCCAGGACGGCUGGCAUCAGUUCCGAACACACAAACGGACUGAAGAAAGUUCCACACACGUAGCUUCCACAACAUUCGACGUGCUCACGUAGCAGUGUGAAAAUCCUCACCGCCGUGCCGAACACCGUCGCCUCGUCGUCAGCUCGUUGCACCGCCACCGGAUGGACGGCUAGAGAAAAACAUGGUUGCUAGUGAUGGGACACGUUUCAUUAAGUUUGUGCGGCUGUUCAUGGUACAUAGUUUGAAACUGCGUGAAGGACGCCCAUGCCAGAGUGUACACUUAGUCAACACAUCACACUUUUGAGCCUGUGAGAACUUUUUAUUUCUUUCGUGUCUGCGACAAACCACCGCCGUCCAACAUGCAACGUGGGAUCGAAACCGAAUGACACUCAUCACCCCAAGCAUCCAGAAUGAGACUACUGCUUAAGUGAACCAACUCGACGAACCUGUGCCACGCUAACGAAGCCUUGUGAAGUCUCGACGGGCACGGCAGAGUAUCUGCGUCCAACAGCUGCGAUCUUGCGCUGUUUCCCACCACACCCAUCGUCCCUUCACAAAGUUCGCUAAAGUGGCUGAGGGUGGGGACCAACACCUCGAAAUGUGCAAGACAACAGUGACCAUCGUUGAGUGGUUCUGCUCAAUGGUCGCUUUGUGACCACUGCUCACGAUAGCCCCCAGCAAAGUUGGAGAUGUAUGGCGGGAGUGCAUCAGUUAUAGCGAGUUUGCUACAUGACUCUCUUCCCGCAGAUCACUCGCACAGCUUUGCGCUGCUGAGCAGUCAGCUCUUACAUGUGUCAUUAUUUUGGUCUAUAAUGAUAGCAAUAAAGUUGUUAUGGUUUAGCCUCGUUA